GGCCCCCGGCCCCGAGCAGAUCGGCCCCUGGCCCCCACCGGAGAGGACUCAGCCCCGAGCCAGAGGCAGCCCCAGCAGCAGCGAUGCUAUGCCGCCUGCAGCUCCUGCCGCCCGCCCCCGGCCCCGUGGCUGCCCGGCUGGGCCCCGUGCGCACUCUGUGGCCGGCCCCGGGGGCCCUCUUCGCUGAGCUGGAGCGGGAGCUGCUGCGGGAGCUGGAGACGGCCAGGGCGUUUGCAAGCAGCGUGGGGCAGCUCCUGGCUGGCGGAGGGAGCAGCAGCCCCGGCGGGGAGCCAGGCCAGAGCUCCAGCACGGCCCUGGCCCAGGGGACGGCCCAGCCCUUCGCCGUGCGGCAGGACGUCCGGGGCUUCGCGCCCCAGGAGCUGGCGGUGAAGCUGGUGGGCAGGAAGGUGCUGCUGACGGGCAGGAAGGAGACGCAGAGCGAGGACGGCAAAGGCUCCUUCUCCUACAAGUACGAGGUGUUCAAGAGGGAGUGGGACGUGCCCGAGGCCGUGGACACCGACCGCCUGACCUGCUCCAUCUCCAGGGAGGGGCAGCUGUGCAUCGAAGCCCCGUGCCUGGCCCCCGCAGUCGUCCCCACGAAGAACGUGCCCAUCCAGCUCAGCCCUGCGGGGGGCUCAGAGGACCAGGCCAACGUCAGCAGAGCCCAGGGGUAACCCCCUGAGCUGCUGGCAGCCGCCCCGGCAGAGCAACCGAGAACAGAUUUUUGGAGCCUAAAACAAGUGGCUUCAAAACUAGCAUCACUUUUUGUCACUAUGGUCAGAGCAAAAGUG